AUGCUACUGAGUAAUAUUUCAUGGGUAACACCAUUCGCAAAUAUGAAGGACAAGGACAUCCCCUGGUCGGACACGGCGCUGUGGCUGGUGGCCAGAGUGCUGGCUUUGGGCGGCUCCUGGCGGCCACCCGGGGUUCCCGGCUUCACCCUGUACCGGGUCUGGGUGCUCUUCACGCAGUUCAGCUUCCUCUACGGCCAGGUGCAGGGGGUGUUCUACUUCUGGGGCGACGCCAACAAGGUGAUCCAGGACGUGUGCCUCCUGGUCACGACCAUCCUGGGCAUCAUCAAGUUCAUCAUCUUCGUCGCCAGGCAGGAGGACGUGUUCAAGGUCGUGCGCACCGUCGACGACCGCAGGCGCGAGCAGCGCGCGCUGGGGAACCCGCGCAUCGCGGCCAUCCUGGCCAGGUCGCACAGGUCGGCCACGCGGAUCACGGUGCACAUGGCCCUCGUCGGCGGCUGGCUGCCCGUCGUCUUCGCCAUCACGCCCUCCGUCAUCCGCGCCUUCGGCGUCGGCCCGCCGGAGCGCGAGCUGCCCGCCACGGCGUGGUACACUGGCCGCGACUCCGUCACCCCGGUCUACGAGCUGCUCUCCGUGCUGCAGUACUUCAGCAUGCAGUACUCGCACUUCGCCGCCAUGUGCAUCGACCUCUUCUUCGCGUGCCUCAUCAUCCACGUCGCUGCCCAGCUGGAAGUCCUCAACGUCAGGAUCACGCAAAUUCGGGAGGACAUCUACCGUAACGGACAUGUAAGUGAGUCACCAGCAGGCACCAGGGACGAGGGAACAGAGGAAGAUUCCGCAUGGAGAGAACUGUGUGAGUGCGUGGAGCACCACAAAGACGUCAUAAAGUUAGUAGGCGACUUGGAGGGCUUAGCAAAUAUUGUUAUUCUUUCCCAAUUCAUGGGAGCCACAAUUAUCAUCUGCGUGACAUUAUUCGUAAUUACAACCAGCAAACAACACUUCGCUGCCCUGGUGAAACUAGAUGGGUACCUUGUGGUGGUCGUGUACGAAAUAUUCAUGUACUGCUGGUUCGGUGACGAUAUUAUGUACCAGAACUCCCGUCUGGUGAAUUCUGUGUACAUGUGCGGGUGGCCAGGAGCUCCACAGAAGAUGCAGAAGGCUCUCAUAACUAUUCUGCUGCGAGCUCAGAGGCCUCUUGGGGUCACUGCUGGGAAAUUCUACCACGUUUCACGCAGGACAUUUGUGAGCCUGUUGAAGGCGUCCUACUCUUACUACGCGCUGCUCAACCAGAUGAACAAAUGA